AUGCCAGACCCUGUUCCGAAGCGUGGGAGAGGAAUCUGCCACUCUACAGAGGUACCAAAGCUGGGUCUCUUGCAGCCUGCUUCGGGCGGGUAUCUUGCAGAUUUCCGCCGUUCCUGUAGAGAUGGCGGCCUGGACUGUGACACCAUACACUACUCAGUUCCGAAAGCAGCAGGGGACGGCGAGAUCAGGGGCAAAGUGACCUGGUACGGCGACGUGCAGUGGGUCAUCGAGGGGAACCCUGAUACUGCAAAGGUCUCGCAGACCAUUGAUGUCGGGGCAGUCCGCUAUGCUUUCGAAGCCGGCACCACUGCGCCAGCGGGAGAUGAAGGAGGCCAUGGGGAGAUGGUGGCCUUCAACGGCACAGCAUAUGUGAGAUCCACGCGAACUGGGAGCGCGGAGUUCUACAAGACUGUCUAUGGCCCCUACAUGCGCUGUGAAGCAGCAGGGCUUGUGGGGCCUGCAAAUGCCACGCCUGAUCUCAUCGCAACGACACUGCUUGGAGGAAUGACGUGGACGUCCGCCGUCAACGACAUGUUCUCCAACAUUGAAAAGCGAAGUGGGGCACCUGCUGCAGCGUUUGGUGGCAUGGUGACCUUCGAGAAGCUGUUAGGCACGGCCAUCGCCCUGCCAUCCACCCAGCACGAAAAUAUCUUCGACUCGAAGGAGAAAUACUACCCUUUUGCGCCGCACGUAGAGCACAAUGUGAGCUGCGUCGUCGUUGGCUUCGUUGGCGACAUGAAGGAGGUCGAGAAGCGUGGAAUCACCGGGCUCGAGAAGGUCUUGUACAAGGGAGCUUCUGGAUCUGCUGGAGGAGGAGCUGCAGAGACCCUCACUUUGCAUGCGCACUUGGUGACCUUGCGGCGCAGCUGCAAGGCAAAGACGGCCCAGGAGGUUCGGCCCCAGGACGUCAAGGAAGUGUACCACCUGGACUCUUCCAGCAUUGUGGCAAACUUCAACUUGGAAGUGUGGCUCAUCAAUGACUCUAUGGAAGAGCAUCCCGUCCUUCCAGCAGAGUCUGUGCCUGCACCAAUUGCUCACCCUCCUAGCCUUUGCAGUUGCUCGGAAUGGGUAGUCAACGCGCUGGUUGAUGCUGGCGUGACGCAUAUCUUCGGCGGGCAUGGGGGUGCCCUUGUCCCUCUUGUAAAUGCCAUUGUCAACAACCCGAAGGUGCAGUGGGUAUGUACGCGAAACGAGGCGAACGCAUCACUGAUGGCCGCAGCAUAUGCCAAGCUGACCGGUAACAUGGGCGUGUGCGUUGCCACUUCGGGACCCGGAGCCUCAAAUUUGACCACCGGGUUGCUGGAUGCGCUGCAGGACCAGUGUUCCAUGAUCGCAAUCACGGGUCUGAAGCCUAGAGGUGGCAUAGGCUACAGUGAAUUCCAAGACCUCCAGCAGAGUCGUAUGUUUGCGGCUGGUGGGCUUCCUCUGAGUCUCGACGUCUCAAGCCCGGAUGCUUUGGUACCGCUGCUUCGGGAUGCUGUUGCAAAGGCCUUGUCCCUCCGUACAGUCGUUCACUUGGGCUUGCCUGUGGACGUCCAGGCUGCUCAGAGCCCAGUCCCUCUGAAGCCGUUCUGCGCGGCGGAUGUGCGCGCGGAAGUCGAGCUACCAGAAACCCAUUCCUUCGUGAUCAAGAAUGUGGCUUCAGAGCUCCGGGCGGCCUCCGGCCGUGGGAGUGGUAGAGUGGUCAUUGCCGUAGGGCACCGUGCUGUUGGAGCUGGCCAUGAGAUCCUGAAGCUGGCGGAGCGCAUCAACGCUCCGGUUCUCACGCGACUGGAUGCCAAAGGAUGUGUAGACGAGUCUCAUGCUUUGGUAUUUGGAGUUAUUGGCGUACAUGGUAAGUCUGGACUUGAGCGCGCAACCAAAGUCAUCGAGACUUCCCAGCUGAUAAUUUCCAUCGGCAAUCACGACGACACCCUGUUGCUGUGCAACCGGGCAGGCUUGCAGAUAAGGCCCAUGAUUACGUUCGAGCCUGAUGCCAUGUGCUUGCGGAUAAAUGCCAGAUACCGAGCGCUGUAUGACGUGGUUGGCGACAUCAAGUUCACCUUGCGCAGGCUGCUGGCAGAACUUGGACCACAGGAAGCGGACCCAAUUGUCAAUGCUCCGAGCUUGAUGGAGGGUUGGCAGAGUGAGUUAGCCUACAGUGGCCUGGACAUCGUGACGCCAAUGGAUGCUGCCAACCUCUACUUAGCACCCCCGGCCAAAAAAGCCAAGAUCGAGCUUGCAGAAGAUGCUAAGAGGCUGUGGGCUGACAUCCAUAGAGGCAAGUGGAGGAGCUCUGCCCGGAGGACAUCGCGGUUUGAAUGCAUCAGCCAAGGCUCGCAGGAACUGUCGCAUCCCGACUGUGUCAUGAAGGAGAUGUCUCGUCGCAUGGAGGCCAAUGAUGUCCUGUGUGUGGAUGUCGGCGAUGUGACGCUGUGGGCAAGCCUAUCCGCCUGCCUCACAAAGGGACAAAGGACCCUAUCCUCGGAGCGCUUGGGGACCAUGGGCUAUGGUCUUUGUGCUGGUAUUGUGGCGAGCUUACUCAGAGCUGGGCCUGACGGAGGGCGAGCGGUUGUCGUUGUAGGUGAUGGUGGUGUCCAAAUGACUAUCAACGAGCUGGGAACUGCACAGCACCUCUUUGGCAGCUCGGAUAAGGACCACAGCCUCCUCAUCAUCGUCCUUGACAACGCAAAGCUUGGGAGGGUGGCCUUUGGAUUUGAGGGCGCAUUGGGCUGCGAUCUUGGACCCACUCCUGAUUUCGCUGCCAUUGGCAAAGCCUAUGGCGGCAACGGCGUGAAGGUUGCGAAAGCCGAAGAGCUACCAGGCGCCAUGGACGAAGCCUUCAAGUCGAAGGGAAUUUUUGUCCUCCACGUUCUCAUUGAUCCAGCAUUGAAGGCAGACAUGGCCACUUUCCAGGACAAGUCGAUCGCCAUGAUGGACAGCGGCUGA